AUGCAACCAGAACAAAAGGAAGGGCCAAAGAAAGGCUGGGUUUCAGGGAAGGUGGAUAAAGAAGUGAUGCAAGCAAUGCAAAUCCCUGAACGAGCCCCAGACAUCCCCGGAGGCUCCCCAGGCAAUAUCCUUGGAGCUGCUGAAACUCAACAUGUUACAAGUGUUAUAGCCAAUUCCCCUGAAACAACCAAAGGGGACACUUUUGAAGAAGCUGCAAUUCAUGGUCCUGGAGAUGCCACCACUGUUGCAACUGAUGCCCCUGCAGCUGCUACAGGGGACACCCAGAGUGCUGCGACCCUCAUCCCUGGGAGGCAGAAAGGAGGCACCACUGGCAAUGCGGCAACUCUCCACCCUGCAGGAAGCACAGGAGGUGUACUAGGAGGGGGUGCAUCCUACGUCUCGAGACAGACCACCACUCUCAUCCUUGGAAGUGGAAGUGGAGGCAUCACAAGAAACAUCCUUGGUGCUGCUGCAACCCAUAUUCCUGGAGCAGCAACUGGUGACAUUCUCGGGGGUGCUGUAAUUAAUGUCCCAGGCAAUAUUGUUGGUGGCACUGCAACUCACAUUCCUGUUGGGGCAACAGGCAUCAUCUAUGGUGGUAUUGCCACUGACAUUGCUGGAGGUGCCACAGGCAGGAUCCUUGGUGAUACAGAGCCUCCCAUCCUGGGAGGUGCAUCAGGCUACAUUCCAGGUAGUGCUACAAGGCACAUCCCUGGAGAAACAGGAGGCAACCUCACUGGUGGUUUUGCAACUGUCAACCCAGGUAAGGGAACAGGCAACAUAACUUCAGGUUCUGAAACUAACAUCCAUGGUGGAGCAACAGGCAACAUCUUUGAUGGUUCUGUAACUCAGAUCCCUGGUGACACAACAAACAACAUCAUUGGUGGUUCUGCAACUCACAUCUCUGUAGGCACAAGAGUCAAUGCAGCUGGUGGUUCUGCAACUGACAUCACAGUUGAUACAACAGGCAACAUUCCUGGUGGUCCUACAACGCACAUCCCUGGUGAAACAGGAGGCAACUUGGCUGGUGGUUCUGAAACUGGCAUCCCUGGUGGUGCAACAAGCAAUUUCCCUGGAGGUUCUGUAACUCACAACUCUGUAGCCACUGCAGGCAACACUGAUGGUGGUUCUGCAACUCAGAUAACCCAUGGUGCAACAGGCAACAUUCCUGAAGGUGCUGGAACUGACAAACCUGGAGGUGGAGCAGGCAGCAUAACUGGUGGUUUCCCUACUCAAAUCUCUGUAGGCACAACUGGCAGCAUUCCUGGUGGUUUGACAGUACAUAUUCCUGGCCAAACAGGAGGCAAGCUCUAUAGUGGUUCUGCAACUGGCAUUGCUGGAGGUGCCACAGGCAACAUCUCUGGUGGUUCUGCAACUGACACCCCUGAUGGUGCAACAGGCAACAUCUCAAAUGCCACUGCAACUAACAUUCCUGGUGGUACAACAAACAGCAUCCUUGUUUCUGCAACUCAUGUAUCUAUAGACACAAGGAGCAACAUUGCUGGUGAUUCUGCAACUGACAUCCCUAGUGAAAUGGGAGAAAACACUGCUGGUCAUUCUGCAACUGGCAUCCCUGGUGGUGCAACAGGAAAUGUCUCUGAAGGUUCUGCAACUCACAACUCUGUAAGCACAGCAGGCAACAUUGAUGGUGGUUCUGUAAAUGACAUUGCUAGUACAGCAACGGGCAACAUUCCUGAUGGUGCUGCAACAGACAUCUUUGGUGGUGCAACAGGGAACAGCUCUGAUGGUUCUACAACUGACAUCCUUGGAGAGGCAACAGGCAGCCUUGCUGGUGGUUCUGAAACUCACAUCUCUGUAGGCACAACAAGAAGCAACAUUGCUGGUGGUUCUGCAAUGGACAUUCCUGUUAGAGCCAUAGGCAACAUCCUUGGUGGUUCUGCAACUCAUAUCUCUGUAGGCACAACAGGCAACCUUGAUGGUGGUUCUGAAGCUGACAUGGCUGGUGCAGCAACAGACAACAUUCCUGAUGCUGCUGCAACCGACAUUCUUCAUGGCAUCACAGGCAACAUGCUUGGUAGUGCUGCAACUCACAUCUCUGUAGGCACAAGAGACAACACUGCUGGCUGGUUUGCAACUGACAUCCAUGGUGCAGCAACAGGCAACAUCCGUGAAGCUGCUACAGCUGACAUUGCUGGUGCAGCAACAGGCAACAUUCCUAAUGGUCCUACAACACGUGUCCCUGGUGAAACAGGAGACAACGUCACUGGUGGUUCUGUAACUGACAUUGCUGGUGCAGCAACAGACAACAGCCCUGCAACUAACAUCCUUGGUGGUUCUGCAACUCGCAUUUCUGUAGGCACAACAGGCAACAGUGCUGAUGGUUCUGCAGCUGAUAUUAUUAGUGGUGCAACAAGAAACAUUCCUGGUGGAUUCACAACUGGCAUCCUUGGAGAGGCAACAGGCAGCAGCACUGAUGGUUCUUUAACUCCCGUCUCUAUAGGCACAAGAAGCAAUACUGCUGGUGGUUCAACAGCAAUUGUCUCUGGGGGUUCAGCAGCUUACAACUCUGUAGGCACAGCGGGCAACAUUGAUGGUGGUUCUGCAACUGACAUCACUGUUGGUGCUACAGGUCACAUCCCAGAUGGUGCUGCAACGGACACUGGAAUCGCAGCAACAGGCAACAUACCACAUGCUGCUCCAAUGUUCAUCCCUGGUGGCACAACAAAAAAUAUCCUUGAUAGUUCUGCAAGUGGCAUUACCGCUGGUGCAAAAGGCAACAUUCCUGGUGGUUCUGCAGUUGACAUCCUUGCAGAGGGAACAGACAGCAUCGUUGGAGGUUCUGAAACAACAACAAGGAGCAACACUGUUGGUGGUUCUGAAAUUGGAACUGCUGGUGGUGCAACAGGCAACAUUCCUGGUGGUCCUACAACACACAUCCCUGGAGAAACAGGAGGCAACUUCACUGGUGGUUCUGCAACUGACAUCGCCAGUGGUGCAACAGGCAAUAUCUCUGGAGGUUCUGCAAAUCACAACUCUGUAGACAUGGGAGGCAACAUUGAUGAUGGUUUUGCGACAGAGAUACCUCAUGGCGUAACAGGAAACACUGCUGGUGCUUCUGCACAUGGCAUCACUAGUGAUGCAACAGGCAACAUCCAUGGUCCAGCAACAAGCAACAUCCCCCAUGGUGCUCCAUCAAUCUUUGGUGGAGCAACAGGCAACAUCACUGGUGGUUCCACAACCGACAUCACUGGUGGUGCCACAAGCAACAUCCCUGGUAGUUCUGCAACUCAAAUUCCUCAUCACACAACAGGCACCUUCAGUAGUGGUGAUGCAACUCAGAUCCCUGUUACAGCAACGGGCAACAUGCGUGGUGCUGCUGCAUCUGACAUCCCUAGUGGCACUACAGGCAACAUCCCCAAUGGCUCUGCCAUUGACCUCCCUGGUGGUGCAACUCCCGACAUCAAUGGUGGGGAUGUCACCCAAAUCCCUGGUAGCGCAACAGAGGAUGUCUCUGGUGGCGAUUUGAUUCAUAUUCCCGGGGAUGCAGCAACUCAUAUUCUUGGUAGUGCAACAGGCAAAAUUCCUUCUGUCUCUGAAUUUGAUGUUCCUGGUGGUGCAACAGGUGGUUCUGUAACUCACAUCCCGACAGGCUACAUUCCUGCUGGUUCUGCAACUGACAUCCCCAGUGGCACAACAGGCAGUGGCAAUGGUGGUUCUGCAAUUCCCAUUCCUACUGGUGCAACAGACUUAGUGUAG